AUGUUUAAGACUACUCAUCUCUCUCCCCUUCUAUCUAUCUAUCUAUCUAUCUAUCUAUCUAUCUAUCUAUCUAUCUACAUAACUUGUUAUGCAUUUCUGUUUGUUCAUUUCUAUGUCGAUAUUUUCGUUUCUGAUUCUGUUCACUUUGCCCUUAAUCAUUUCUAUCUAUCUAUCUAUCUAUCUAUCUAUCUAUCUAUCUAUCUAUCUAUCUAUCUAUCUAUCUAUCGCGCUCUAACUCUAUGUGUCUGUCUUUAUAAACAAUUAAUAUAUUUCAUUAUCUAUCUAUCUAUCUAUCUAUCUAUCUAUCUAUCUAUCUAUCUAUCUAUCUAUCUAAAACAUAAAAUAUACUUUGUGCCCGAUGAGCUGGACAACCAGCAAAACUUACAUUAUGAAUGUAGCAAUGAAGAUGAAGACAAUAGUCCGAACAAUGUAAAUAAUCUAUCUAUCUAUCUAUCUAUCUAUCUAUCUAUCUAUCUUAGACUGGUCAUUAUCUAUCUAUCUAUCUAUCUAUCUAUCUAUCUAUCUAUCUAUCUAUCUAUCUAUCUAUCUAUCUUAGACUGGUCAUUAUCUAUCUAUCUAUCUAUCUAUCUAUCUAUCUAUCUAUCUAUCUAUCUAUCUCAAAACAUGCUAAGAAAGUUUCGACCCCAACCACUUUCCAACAUCUGUCCAAACUUCGAACAAUCUAUCUAUCUAUCUAUCUAUCUAUCUAUCUAUCUAUCUAUCUAUCUAUCUAUCUAUCUAUCUAUCUACAUGAAAACAUGCUAA